UUGCACCUCCGCUCCUUGUCCACUUUUCUUCUUUCCCUUCUGCCCGUUUGUCUCCCCAUUCCGAAUCGCAUCUCGCGGCGGCCGGCGAUCCCCCAGAAGAGAAGAUCCAUCGGGGUUGCGCAGCGCCACCGCCGACGGAAGCUCCAGCGCGCGCGGCCGCACCACCGUGACGCGCCUCUUUCGCCGCGCCUUCGGUCAUAUUUCGGUAGGGGGGAUCGAGCGGGGCUGGUUCGCAGGAGAAGGGAUAGGAGAGGAUGAUACUGCUCCAAUCCCCAUCCAGGUUCCUACUCCAGAUCCUGAAGGAUCGCGUCGUCAGCGGCGACAAGGGCGUGGACAUCGAUUGCCACACGGUGGAAUUCGACGAUGUGCGGUAUCAUAUCCAGUUUUCAAUGAGGAAUCCAAAGGUAAUGGUGCUAUCAGUGGCAUUGCCCCUCGCACCUCCUGAGGCUAUUCUGCACGACGGGCUUCCUCUUGGUGCCAUUGAUGCUAUAAAGGCGGCAUAUGGGGCAGUGGUUCAAAUUCUUGAUCCUCCAAAGGACUGCUUUGAUGUCACAAUGAAGAUAAACUUAACAAAGCUUCCGACAGAUGAAGAGCAGCGGAAUGUUGUCUUGACACGAAUUGCAUCUGUGAGAGAGGUUGUGCUGGGUGCACCGCUGAAGCUUCUGCUCAGGCAUCUAGCUUCAAAGACAGUGGCUCCUAACGUGGAUAAGCUGGUUGCCCUUGUUCACCGUCCUAAUGAAUCGUUCUUCCUUGCUCCCCAGGCAGACAAAGUUACGGUUGUAUACCCAAUGAGGUUCCAGGAUUCGAUUGAUAUUGUCUUGGCAACUUCGUUUUUGCAGGAAUUUGUAGAAGCAAGGCGGACUGCUGCACUUAACAAUGCCCCUUCCUGUAUGUGGUCUCCAGUACCACCUCUUGAGUUAAAAGGCGUGAAUGCUGAUGCACUUGAUGCAAAUGCUGGUUUUGUUACUUUUGUUGUUUUCCCUCGGCAUGUUGAGGGUAGAAAGCUAGACAAAACAGUUUGGAGUUUGUUAACCUUUCAUGCUUAUGUAAGCUACCAUGUAAAGUGUUCUGAAGGAUUCAUGCACACCAGGAUGAGGCGUAGAGUUGAGUCUCUGAUCCAGGCCUUGGACCGUGCUAAAUCCGAUGCAGAGAAGCUGAAGAAGUUGGUACAUGGCGGGUCUUUUAGGAGACUGAGCAUGAAGCACGAAGGCAACUCUAAUCACUGAAGGAAGACUCAGACAAGCAAAUAUAUGAAGGUUUUGCUCAACUUUCCAUCAUGGGUGCUACUGGUAGAACACUUAUUUUAACUUCCGGUAAGAUUUGGGUGGCAGCCGUUGAGACAACAAGAGCACCCUACUGUGGCCCGUCGCUUGUUUGUUUGUUUGUUCCGGGAGGAUACUGUAUUUAUGGUCGAAAUUCGACUUGAGGAAUAGGUGAGAUUUAAUUGGUCUUUGUAAA